GUAUUAAUCGAGGUCGUCUGCAAAGGAUGGUGGCUAAGUUGAACUCUGAACUCGGAGACAGAUAAUAAUCGAAAUUUAUCUACUCGGGAAGUUAGAUUUAUUAGUGGCCAUCACCCAGUUCGACCAUUUACUAGUAAUUUAUCGUUCCAUUCAUACGUGAAAAAUGAGUUAUAUUAGUUUAUUGGUUUUUCUUGGUAGUUUAGGAGUUGCCUUGUGUUCUAAUUGUCAAGAUUUAUCUGGAUUAUGGCGCAACCAACUGGGAUCUAACAUGACUAUCAUUCACAGAACGAACGGCAAAAUCACUGGAGAAUACAGUACAGCAGUUGAGAGUAAACUCAAUGCAGCAGUAGUUACUUCCAACAUUACAGGAACAUUUACAUCUUUGGACGACGGAUCACUACUGUCUUUCACUGUUCUAUUUAAUCGCGGAAAAUCUCUAACGACCUGGGUAGGUCAGUGUCUCGUUUGUGAUGAUGAAGAAGUUCUUUUCACUUCUUGGGUUCUUAGAUCCUACAUACAAAAGAGUCCAGAUAGAUGGAUGUCCACUCGUGUCAAUCAAGACGUGUUCAAACGAGUUCCAGGAGAGGAGAAUAUUCCCUUUCAUUUAAGGAGAUUGGGUCCUUUACCGAAAGAUGAAAGAUCUCAAAGAUGUGAAAAGAAUAUAAAAGCUGCGUCGAGUGGCAAGUGGGUAGCUGAAAAUGGAGAUGCAAUUGGUUUUGAGGACUGCCAUGAAAGUGGAGCAUUUCUGGGCGAUCAUAAGAAUAAUUCUGUUGCUGGAAGAAGUGACGGUGGACUGACAUUCACUGCUUUAGGGAUCACUUCAGGGUCUGAAAGAACUGUUAAAGGCUGGGCAGGACAUAUCUAUGAAGGAUUAGAUGAAAGGAUUCUACAAACAGCCUGGCUUCAUCAUUCUUUUUCAAGUAAUUGCAGGGAUCCAUUCAGUGAUGUGAGACAAGGACUGACCAAUUACACUUUCGAUUCCACUUAUGGAGAAACAUCAUUUUUCCAGAGAAUUGUUAACUUAGUGAGAUCAGGAUGAAUUUUACAGAGGAGAUGAAGCAAGAUGAUGGAAACAAAAUAUAUUUUCCUCAAAUUUUCUUAACAAUGAAUUGUAGAUUAUGUAAAACUUUUCUUUUAUGU